UAUCCGAACCCAUCUGCAAGUAUGUUUUCCCUGUCUAUGAUGGUGGGGCUGGUCCCAAUAGUGUCCCUCUUUGGUUUGUUCUACUCUGCUGCAGUGGACGAGAACUUCCCCCAAGGCUGCACCAGCAGCAACAGUCUGUGUUUCUACAGUCUGCUUCUGCCGGUCACCAUCCCCGUCUAUGUCUUCUUCCACCUCUGGAGCUGGAUGGGGAUCAAGCUCUUCAGACACAACUAGGCUGUCUUAGCUCUAUUCUAUUAAAUCAAAAUAUCUCAAACACCA